AGCUCCAUAUGAAUUUUAUGAAAAAAAGGGGAAAAAAAAAACCCAACACCUCUAUUUGAUAAGAGAGGUUAGAAGUGUUCUACAUGUAAGUAUGCAUACGCUGAUGAAGGUUAUGUUUAACAAAAUGUCUUUCUUUGGCUAGGUUAUGAUGGAGGAGAUUGUGAUAAGGUGAUGUGAGGAUAGCGAUGCCUAUCCUAGCGAGAUAUGGAUAACUAAAAACAUGUCAAACUAAUACAUAUAAUCUUACAAGUUAUGGAACAAUGGAAAAUCAAGCAUAAUUUUUGAGAUAGAAAUCAAGUUGUGGACAUUCUUGCAAAAAUGGCUUUUGAGAGAAAUCCAGCUCUCCAAGUAUUUGUAAAAAUUCUAGAAAAAAUAACCACGAAUGUUGAGAUUACUGGAGUUUCAUAUUUUUCGAUUAUGAUUAUUUGAGAUUACUGGAGUUUCAUAUUUUUCGAUUAUGACUAUUUACUAUGAAUUAUUUGUUUGGUUUUAAAAAAAAUGUCAAACUUCUUGUAAAUUUGGAUUAAUUGGUCCAAAUUAUUAUUUACUAAUAAAAUUUAAUUGAAAAAUAAUUUUAAUAUUUUGUUUACUUUUUAAUUGUAAACUGGUCCAAACGGGAGAGACUGGCAUAAGAGGAUCGCAAGAAGAUGGCUGCCACUCUGACCCAACUCAUGGGCAGUUUUAGGCAGUUUUAGGCCUAAGCCGGGCAAUACCAAACGGAGUCGUUUGACAGAGGUCUCUCGGGUUUUUUCUCAUAUAAGAAGGUUGUAGAAAACGACACGAAUUAGUAAGUUUUUGCAUAAGAAGCGAGUGCAAAGCAUGUUAGGAGCAGCAAGAACUAUAAUAUCUUCAUCAUCUUCCAUAAUCUUCGCUAGGAAUAUUCUUUCCAAGCCUCCUUCUUUCUUCACCAUUUCACGCGCUCUUGCUCCCUCUAUUCCCCGCUUUUCUGUACGAUCAAUGGCUGACUCUGCUUUCAAGAAAGUUCAGAUUCAGAGAGAUGACACUCCAUUUGACGCAUAUGUGGUUGGCAAAGAAGAUGCACCCGGAAUUGUUGUUCUUCAGGAGUGGUGGGGUGUGGAUUUUGAGAUAAAAAACCAUGCCUUGAAGAUCUCUCAACUGGGCCCGGGAUUCAAAGCUUUUAUUCCAGAUUUGUAUCGAGGAAAGGUUGGUCUUGAUGUUGCAGAGGCACAACACCUAAUGGAUGGUCUUGACUGGCAAGGUGCUGUAAAGGAUAUCUGUGCUUCGGUUGAUUGGCUUAAAGCUAAUGGUUCAAAAAAGGCUGGAGUGACCGGAUUUUGCAUGGGGGGUGCUCUCUCUAUUGCAAGUUCUGUCUUAGUUCAUCAAGUUGAUGCUGUUGUUGCCUUUUAUGGGGUUCCUUCACCUGAACUGGCAGACGCUGCCCAGGCCAAAGCACCUGUUCAAGCUCAUUUUGGAGAACUUGAUAACUUUGUUGGGUUUUCAGAUGUGACGGCUGCGAAGGCUUUGGAGGAAAAACUGAAAGAAUCAAAAGCUCCAUAUGAGGUGCAUAUUUAUCCAGGCAAUGCACAUGCCUUCAUGAACAGGUCCCCCGAUGGUAUAAAGAGGAGGAAGGGCAUGGGAAUGGCGGAUGAGGACGAAGCUGCAGUCGGCCUCGCAUGGUCUCGUUUCGAGUCAUGGAUGGCUCGUUUCCUGUCAUAAUCAUGGUAAUUCGUUUCAAUACUUUAUCAUGCUAGCAUAAACAUAAAACUUUCUCGUUGGUUUUUGGAAUGUGUGGAGUAUGCUGCCAUAUUAUUUUGAGUCUUGUUUAAAAGAAAAUUUUGAAUAUCUGGAUUCCUUUAAUAA